AUUGUGUGGUUGGUAGUUGUGAUUACGAAAUCGGUUGAUGUAGGCAACUCUCAUAGUUAAGAGAAGCCAUGUUUUUAAUUCAACUGUGGGAAUGGAAUCAUCUUAAAGUGGCUUGAGAAAAAAUUAGAGGCGUUGAUUGAGUGUACCAUUUGAUCUAUAGAAAAGUUGUAUACUAAAUCUUGUGCAGAACGAGUUUUCUGGUCAAAUAUCUCAGGUUCACAAUUAUCAUCAAAAGUUAUUCCAUCUAAUUCGUCUGAAAACUUGUUCUAAUAUUUAAACGCUCCAGAGAUACGUUUUACGUACGCCCAAGUUGAAUAUUUAAAAAUAAAUGAACUAAAGUAUUGUCUUAAAUUCUUCCCAAGUAAAAUUUUCGGUAUAUAAUUGUGCGUAAGUGAAAAGUCGAGAACAGUCAAGUCGUGCAAGCGUACAUUUGUGGUUAGUAAAAGUGCAGUGUAAAAAUUGUUGAUCGGUUUAUCGCGUCGGUUUUUUAAUGAAGGUUAUGACAAAUAAAAGGGAGAUAUUCAAUAUGUGGCAUAAAGAAGACAUUGUUUUAUAUGCUAUUGAAGCGUUAAAGUUUUCGUGUGGCGCAAAUAAAGGGGUAAUAAAAUAUGGAUUCGGAUGAUUCAAAUGCCGGGUCUUCGGUAUCAAAUUCAUCAUCAUCAUCAUCGGAAAAUUCACGAUCUUCACCAGAACCAAUAAAUGAAAUUACAAAUGCACCCAAUGUGGAGACAAUUGCGGAAGAACGAGAAUUAUCAAGAACAAAUUCUCGUGGCUCCAAUCAUACUUCAUCGAAAUCUGAAUUUAAUUCUUCUUCAUCAUCUUCGUCUAGCGAUAAUGAAAAUGAUGAAAUUAAAUCACCACUAGAAAAUGUGUCGAACAGAAGGAGCAAUUCUGGUUCACCUCAGCAACCGAAAUCUCUAAGAAGUUCGAGACAUUCAAGUGUAUCAUCAAGCAGUAGUCGCAGCAACAGUCCCAAUUCUAUUUUCCGCAAUAGUGUGCCAAAUAUAAGCCACGAGGAAUUGAGUGAUGUAAGCGAUAUGGAGAGUGAAAAACGUGAAUCUGUUUUAAACAGCAGUAAGCCAUCUGUAGAGGAUGAUGCCACAAACGUUUCUUCAGCAUCAAUUAAUUUAGAUCAAGAUCGCAAAGAAACCAAUUCGGAACUUCUCUACUCUUUGGAAGCCGAAAAUAGCCAGAAUGCAGUUAUAACUGAUUUGCGACAAAAACUAGAUUUAAUUAAGACUCAUGGAAAGACUACAGAAACGUCAAAAGCAUUUGAUGGGACAACAAAUUUGGCUGAUAACGAGAGGCAAACUGAUCCAAUAGAAGAAUUGGUCAAACCUAAUGAUGAAGAUGCCUUGGACUUUGAAGCUGAAGAAGGUGAAUGUCAAGACAUAAGUAAAGAUGACGAAAAGAUUAUAGAUGAAGCGAAAAGUAAACCAACCAAUGACAAAGAAAAGACUUCUAAAUCUGAUGGAGAAGCAGAAGAUGGAGAAGAACUAGAAGAAGGGGAGGUGUCGGAUGAAGAUGAGAAACGUCCCGAAGAGACUGAACCCAAACCGGUGUGUCGUUUUUAUACACGUGGUCAAUGUACAUGGGGAAUGAGCUGUCGCUUUCUUCAUCCUGGUGUAACUGAUAAAGGAAAUUAUACCAUGUUUGAUUUAGUUCGACCUGUUCCCGUAACACAAACAGGUCCAUCCGCUUCUCGACCCUCAAAUUAUCCUGCUCACACAAUUGACUAUCAUGAUUUUCGAACAGAUCGACCAGCAUUGCAUCAACGUUUGGGAAUACAGCAUCCUCCAUCUGCUUAUGGUGCACACCAUGAUCCGAGAGCAGCAACAGCUGAUACUCCUGUCGUUAUUGAAAGUGCUUGGGAACGUGGAUUGCGUACAGCAAAAGAAAUGAUGCGCAAAGCAAAUAAGCGAAAGGAGCAAGAUAUGGAUUUUGAAGACAAGAAAAUGAAUUUAACUUUAUCUCCAGAUGAAUUAGAAAAAGACGCAUAUUAUUUGAAAGAAAGAGGUUCCCCGCAAGAUAUCGCUACACCAUAUGGUCGUCAUAAUUUAUAUCAAGAACCACUCGGUAUGUACAGUCCCACUGAGCGUUUUGCACGUGGACCUCCAAUAACAGCAGCAUAUGACGAUGUGGACUCAUAUGGCCGUUCAACAAGAUAUCGUGAGUUGCCUCCUCAUCGCAUGCCACAAUAUGAAGAUGAACGACGGGUGCGUCCUACUCGGGAAGUAAUUGUACAGCGAGUUGAGCCCGUCGGUCGUGGGGAUGAAUGGCGUGACCCUUGGAUGAGAUCACCAGGUGUUCGUGGAGAAUCUCGAGAUCAUAGCAGUAAACGCCGUCAUGACCGUCGUAGUUACAGUAGUAAUUCUUCCUAUUCAUCUUCAAGUAGUUCACGAUCUGAUUCAAGUUCCGAAAGUAGUCGUUCAUCUUCUCCUGCAGGACACAGACGACGUUAUAACAGUUCUCAUAAAACAUCGCCUACACGUAGACAUGGAAUACGUUCUGCUCGAUCUCCUAGUUUGCCUCGACGACCACGUCACUCUCCAAGCCUUCGACAUUCUCCCAAUGCGAAGAGAAAGGGUACUUUAUCACCAACUGUGGAAAAAAGAAGUGCAUACAGUCCAGUGCAUAAGCGAAAGAAAACUGCGGCACAGACGAAAAAGUCGGACAAAUUGAAAUCCAGACACCGGGUUACGUCAAGUUCUUCUGGAUCAGAUUCAUCCGAUUCGAGCGAUUCUGAUUCUGAUUCGGGUUCGUCCAGUUCUGACAGUUCGUCGAUGUCCAGAGGGCGGCCUAGGACUAAACGUUCUAGAACAACUGAUAAAUUGGUCCAUGAACGUAGAUCUGUGAAAAAAGCGGAACCCACUAAAAAGAGAUCACCAAUAUCAAUUGAAAUUAAGAAGCAGCCCACUGUAGGAGUAUCAGCACUUGCUUCGUCACCAACACAUUCGAUAAAUUCCGAAAAGGAUCUAAAAAAAUCUCGUCGAGAAGAAUUAUUAAAACAGCUUCGUGCAGUAGAGGACGCUAUUGCAAAAAAAAGAUCAAAACUCAAUUAACACACAAUUUAAUAGCAGAAAGUAAUGGAAUAAAGUUAUAAUAUAAUGCGCACUACACAAUUUAUUUGAAGAGUGUAUUUGUAAACAAUUAUUUUAUGUAGAGAAUUCCAGACUAUGCUUAGAAUGUCUUAAUGGUUAAAUGUACAAUAUUCGAGAAACAAACUUCAUUAUUAUUAAAACAUACAUUUUGACCGUGGUA